UUACAAAAGCUACAUGCACAAUGAUAUUACUUUCUUUUCAGCAAAUUUAUUGUCAGAAGCCACGGUUGGGUGACGGUGUGGUGAAAGGUAAACAGUAUUACCUCCUACCUUGGCCUAAAACGCACGGCUGUGAGCAGUCUGAGAAGCAUAAUAGAACCCUUGACAGCGGGACUCGGUGCAGGUAGUUGCCUAGGUUUGGCCAGACUUGUUCGUGUGGCCUGGCACUUUUAUGCUAUAAUAAUGUAGGCCUAAAAUGAAUGAUUAGUCAUAUGUCCUUGCGUCCAAAAUUGUGUUUGGAUGUAAAUGAUAUUCUAAACUUAGCUGGAAAUGGAUAAUCGAUUACUAGUGAUACUACUCCUGAUGGUAACACGCACACGACCACAACGUUCACUAACCAAGCUGACAUUGCUACGAGUUGGUGUCCUUACUUUCAACUGAAGUGAAAUGUGGUUGGUCUCCACUACCGCCCACACCUAAUCUUCAGAAUAAACAAAAAAAAAGAAGCCCAAUCGUUUGAUUUUAAACAACAAGUGACGGAGAAGCUUUAUUACGGAGUCGACAGAGGUAUGCUGUUCUGGAUAUUGACUGAAUCUUGAUGUAAGCAACGGGAGUUUUGAAAGUCCGUAAAAUAGAGUAAGUGACGGUUUGCAUUUCUCACGGCAUUGCGAUACCAGGACAGACAAUUCGGAUUCGCCAUGGAGAUUGACACGGCAACUUUGGUGGAGGCGGAGGCGGAGGUAGUUCAGCUUCAGCGGGCCUUCCUUCUCGCCGCCCUGGGUCUGAGCUCCUUCAUCUUCGGUAGUAAGGUCGACCCCUCCGACUUCACCAGAUGCGUCAAGAAACCCCUAGGAAUGUGGAUGUCGGUGUUUGUGUCCGUCCUCCUGUCUCCCUUGGUUGCUUACAUCCUCAACCUCGUGUUCAAGCUGGAAGUUUCAGCUGGGAUUGCGUUGUUGGUGACAUCCUGCUGUCCGGCCGGUAACUUGUCGCCGAUUUUCGCCUACUACACCCAGUCUGACAUCUGUCUGUGCCUUUCUGUGAUUGUGUUGUCCACUCUGAUGUCUGUGGGUAUGAUUCCACUGGGCAUGUUCAUCUGCUCCAAUGCAUACAAGGAACUAGACCUGACUGUCAUCCCGAAUACUCUCAUCGUAAUCAACCUGUUUGUCAACAUGGGCAGCAUCACCAUGGGAAUGGUCUUCAGGUCAUACAAGGAGAAGUGGGCCGACAGAUUCGUCAAGGCUUUCAGCAACGUACCCUUGUUGGUCAUUCUGGCUAUGAUCAUCAUAGUUCGUAUCAAGCUUCCUCUAUCCCUCCAUGUCGCUGUCAAGGAUGUCUUCGCCGUCUUGCUGUACCUAGUCAUCGUGCUAUGUGGCACCUAUUUGACCGGUCUUCUAGUAGGUCAGGACCAUGAAACAUGCCGUGCCAUGGCCCUCUGCUCGGCCAACAAGAGCAUCAUGCUGGCACUGACUAUCCUCCAUGCUUCAUUCACCGGUGAGGUGUUGGUCAACACGCUACCCAUCCCCACGUUCUUUCUGAUUGAGUACAGUCUGGUGGGCCUUGUCAUGUCUGGAGUCUAUCAGCUUUACUAUUACUACAAUUUCUCAUCCUUGACAUCAUUGCUUGGGAAUCUUCAACAAGGGACGCCAGUCUAACUUCUCCAGCAAAACCAGAAAAAAAGCUGACAAAAAGACAAGUCAUUGUAGGUUCUAUCAAGCGUCGGGAAUUUAACGUUUUUUGCCCGCCCUCGGUCAGGCCGGCGAAUUCCUAGGAAGCGCGAGAGAAAACCAAGGAAAUAUUUACAACGAAAGGAACAACUUUCAAAACAAUGGUGAAAUAAUGUCCUCUCUUAAGCAAACAUUCGUCAAUCCUACCUGCUGAUGAUGGAAUGAGCUGCGUUCAAAAAUACCACACAUUUUUGUUUGGAUCGCACACAUGAUGUAGCCUGUACAGGGUGUUUAAAAAAAAGGAAACCCAAAUUCAAAGAAUGAGUAUAGACAGACGAUAUGUUCACUG